AUGGUGGUAUGCAACUUUUUUCAGCAGGGUCGCUGCAAGUUUGGAGAUCGCUGCAAGUUUGAGCACCCUGGCAAACCGACUGCUGGUCCAUCGGGGAAUCGAUUCGGGGCUUUAUCAGGAGGAUUUGGAGGUCAAAACCAGACUCAACGAGUAGCCGACCCAGUAGUGAAGGCAAGCGAAAUCAAGCAAGAUUUGACCGCUGGCCAGGGCCGUCCGGAAUGGAUCUUCUCCGCAUAUGCGCCCCACAGAGAUGUUGCGCGCCAGCUGUUCGGCGGAGCUCACCGCGAACGCAGCAUGGAAGAGAUGCGCUUGCGCCAUUAUGAAUUAGCAGCAGCCGGUAACCUGAAUGAAGCGGUCCAAGAAGCCUCGUCUCUGUGGCAAGAAUGCGUGCAACAGAUGGAAAUCUCACUGAAUGACCUGAAUGGUGCCGUCAAAUAUAUCGUUGACGGCAAGAAUGAACAUCCUAAUCGACUGGACAUUAUCGAGGGAAAGACCCAGACUGUUAACCAAGCUCCAGCACCAUUUGGCCAACCCUCUCCAUUCGGCCAGGCCGCGCCUACACCCAGCAUUGGUCCUGCACCUGGAGCGUUCGGUGCUCCUUCCUCGACAUUUGGCCAGCCAUCAGGAGUUGGGCAGUCAGUCGGAUUCGGUAGGGCUUCAGCACCAGCGCAACCGUCUGGCUUCGGACAGAAUUCUGCCUUGGGUAGCUCAGCCUUCGGCCAAACCUCCAUCUUGGGAGGUCAGUCUGCUUUCGGCAAAACACCUUUCGGCCAGCCAGCUCUUGCUCAGCCAGGAGUUAACCCAAGCCCAUUCGGUAAGCCGUCAGCUCUGGGAGGCGCGGCCCCAUUCGGGGCUCCAUCUGCCGCUUCACCUUUCACCCAAGUAGCUCAGAACCAGCCUGCUGGUGGUGGGUUUGGCCAGAGCGCCGGACAACCUGCUCCGUCGCCUUUCGGUCCAACCGCUGGACAAUCUGGCCCGUCUCCAUUUGGCCAGCCAGCUGCCAACACGAGCCCAUUUGGUCAACCCUCAGCCCCGGCAGGCGCUGCUCCAUUCGGUCAACCUUCAGCCCCGACAGGCACUACGCCAUUCGGCCAACCGUCAGCUCCGGCAGCCGCCGCCCCAUUUGGUGUUCCAUCUGCCCCUUCUCCCUUCACUCAGGUACCCCAGAAUCAGCCUGCUGCGGGUGGGUUUGGCCAGAGUGCUGUACAACCUGCUCCGUCUCCCUUCGGCCAGCCUGCAGUUCAAGGCGUGCCGGUGCAGAGUACCAACGCCGGCCCUCGUGCAUACAUCAAAAUCGAAAAUCCUCAAGACCUCAACCCUCUUCCACAACUGGAGGGCGAAACUCGACAUAACCCAUCCACUAAACAACUAGUGAUGUGGAAGGGCCGCCCUGUCAAGUAUAUCAACGAGCAUCCGUGCUACCUUCACCCGCAAGACAACAUCACCUUUGUCCGGAUCAACUUCCCUAACGGGCCACCUGAUGCUGCUGGUUUGAAAGACGCACACGGAAAGCCCGAGGAAUACACACCAGAAGUCGUUGAGGCAUAUCAGUUUUUCCUUCAGAAUGGCUACUUCAAGGACGGCAACAUUCCCGCAGUACCUCCCAAGCAGGAGUGGCUCAGUUUCGACUUUUAA